AUGUCAGCAACAAAAUGUGCCGAACGAGGCGGAAACUUCUGCUUUAUGUUGCUUACUCGACCAUCAGCCAGUCUGAUAGCGAGACGAGCGGGCGCCACUCAGUACGCGGAGCAUCUGGAGAGCAGCUCUGAGGAGCGCAAGAGACACGGGAUCAGCAAACGUCUGGUGGCUGGCGAAGAUGGAGACUAUGAUGCUUACCAAGGAGUCCUAGGCCGAGCAGGAAUUGACUUUCCAGUUCUGCCUGGAAUCCCCAAGACCUCCUUCAAUUGCAAAUCUGUGGGCAAUGGAUACUUUGCGGAUCUGGAUACUGAAUGCCAGGUCUUUCACAUUUGCGAUGAUGGUCGAAAAAUCUCCUUCCUCUGCCCCAAUGGCACAAUUUUUCGGCAAACAGACCUCAUCUGCGACUGGUGGUUCAAGGUGAACUGCGCAUCAUCACCAAGUCAGUAUGCUGAGAGUGCGGAGGUUCUGGCGAGAUCACAAAACAGACGCACAUCGGCCCCUGCAAGACUCCAAGCUCUGGCCGAAACUGAGCCACGCAAUGAGACAGAAACCGAAUUGGGUAAAAGUGAAUUGAAGGUGACGAAGCUUCCCGUGGCUUCUAGGAAGAGCUACAAGGAAUCCAGGGUUAGGACAGGACCUACGAAGCUUAGAUCCAGGCAAUACGCCAGCUUUGAAUACAGCUCCCAGCAGGAUGGUUCCAAUGAGAGUUAUGACUUUGAGGAUUUCAUUGUACCACGUCGGCGACCCAGCUACAGGACCCGAGUACCGGUUCGGUUGGUAUCUCAUCCGGACUUUGAUCAUAUUUACAGGAUCAAUUAUCGAGGACCCCCACUGACCUUCCGAGUCGAUCCUGCAUCGAAGGAAAGCCAGGAAUUUGCCGAGAGUGCAUCCUUCCUUAAGACAAGAAACACUUUUAAUGGAUACAACUACCAGCAGCCCGAGAAGAGAGUGAAGCUCAACAAUGGAGAUGCUGAAACUACAACUCAGCCUGGAUUUACAUCAACUGACACUACAAUUCCAACUCCAGUGGCCCGCCGUGGAACGGCUGUAUACUCUACUCCUAAUAGCAUUCAAGAUGAAGCUAAGUACACUACACAGCCGCCAAUUGAUAGUCGUAAACCCAACAAAUACACCACAGCACGAAGACUCGAGUCUUCCCGGACAACGCCAUACUACACCCCAACAGUGCCAACAGUCUCUAGCCGUACACAGUUUGAUGCACGACAACUGUCCACUCUGUCUCCUCCCACGGCUCCAUCAGCCCCUACUGCACCUGCAUCCCUGCAACAGAACCCCAUUCACGUCCCUGAGGCAGAGACUGAACGAGAGCACGCCAUGGAGAUAAUGAAGACCCUUAAAGAACUAGACCUUGUUACAUCAACCCCUACCAUACCUACUCCGUCGGAAGCUGAGAAGAGCAACGUUGGUCAGAGGUUAGGACUUCAAAUCCCUCCCUCGUCAGGACCUGAAACCCUUCACUCCCUGGCUCUAUACUUUGCCACUGCUAUGGACAACAUUACGAGGAAUUUCAGCACGGAAAGAUCAGCUGCUUACACAACAGAAGGCACUACAACAAGUCCCGAUGUUGCUACGGAUUCUAAGGGAAUUGCUGGAGCUCUCCUUCGGGAUGAAACCCUCGAUAACUACGAAAAACUUUUCCAACCGCAACUUCCCGAGACUACAACAUUCCCAGCAACAACUGAACUUCCUGAUACUACAACACCCGAUCUACUCUCCCGGAUCGCAUCUAUUCCUCUGAGCGACAACAAUGAUCUUGAGGGACAGCACUCUAAGAAUCCUGUGGUUUCUGCAGCUGGUACACAACAAAUCCGGGAACUGGCACAAGUCUUCACGCAUGCCUUGUCUGCCUAUUUGCAUGAUCCUGUGAUGUUUAGGAAGGUCUUGUCUGAAAUCCGGCCAACUGAACCACCGCCACCAGUUGAGACCAAUGAAGUCGUUUCCAGCAGACUCGGUAGGACUGAAGAUUUCGCCAAGCGGGACAAUCAAAUCAGCACUCAAGGAGUUACGUACUUGCCGACAACACCAUCAACUACAACAACAACUGAAGAUCUCGAAGUACUGGAUUUCUCAGAUGUCACCAUUUCCACAAAGAGAGACAUUACAAAUGAACCUCUGACACCGGCUACUCCCGCUACGCCUCCGAAAGAGAAAAACCCCAUUUUCGAAUUCGUUAAGACUCCUGCAUCAGAUCUGGUCUCUGAGAAUCUUGAACGAUCAGCUAGCAAGUACUACCAAGGCCAAAACAAUGAUGAGGACAAUGAGAUCCCUACUACAACAGAAAACCAAUUAGCUGCUGAAAUCAACGGGGAACUAACUGCAACAACGAUGUACCCUUACUUGUCAGGAGAUAGUCAGGAGAAUGAGGGUAACUUCACUCUGGACGAAAAUAGCUACUUCCCAGUGGAAUCCGGAGAAGCUAAGAGAAAUACUAGUUCCUCCAAACCGUACGGAUUUGAUGUUCUUAACCAGUUACGGGUUGAAAAUCUGGUUACAUCAACGUCAUCCCCUGUUGUUGCUAACAGAUGGGGUUCUGAAGUUACAACAGAUUCUCCCUAUUCAACAGUUAUUCCAGUGACACUUUCAUCUGACUUAACACCGCCCGCUAAGCAGAACGACACUCCUACGGUCAAUCAACAGAAACCUAGCAUUUUGAUCCUACCGCCUCCUAGGUUAGAGGAUGAUGAAAACCUCCAACGAGCACAGAGUCAAUCACUAGUAGCUUCGGGUAAUCAAAUCUUAGGAGAUCGUAAGGGAAAAGCUUUCGCUUCAUCGACGGAACUGCCAAUUUCUACAACUGUAGGGUACGAAUCUACAACGUCAGAGCCUAGGUUCGAUUUUAGUCACACAAGUGAAGAGACCGUGUCUACAACAUUCGCUCCUUUGGGUCAACUUAAGGGACAUUACAUCACAAAGGCCUUGCCUGAUACUACAACCCCUGAAGUAACACCCGAAGUAUCUACAACAACGGACUUCCCCGAUGUUGGAAAGUUCAGUCCCAAUCCUUGGUCAACUUUGGCGUAUACGAUAUUCCUGGAUCCAUUGACCAUCAACGAUGGGUUGAUGAAUUCGGAAGAAGAGGAAUCAACGGCGGAAAAUGCCCGGCUAGUUAAUGGAUUGCCAAGGACAACUGUACCCUAUACUGGGGAACUUACAACUGAGGCCACAAGUACAAAAUUCGGACUGCGGAAUUCAUUUGAUGAUCUGCAGAGUCCCAGAAAUGAGACAGUUAAUGUAAAGGAUGCCAUGAAACGCCGUGCCAAUGAGAUGUUUGGAGGUCUCAAUGAGACAUCUGUAAACUCCCUGAUGAACGUCAUGAAGAAGGCGGAUAGCAACAAGACAGUGAGACGCCUGAUUCUUCUUCUCAUCCAAACCUGCGAUGAGGACUACACAAAGACUGUUGAGGAAUCAAGAAAGGCUCUCUUGGACGCCUUGAUUGGCAUGGAUCACAAUGACAUCGAGGACAACAUUCAGGUUCUCAGUGCGAAUCAACUACGAGGACGCGGUAGCCGGAAAAUCAGGCUUCAGACGGCAAAUGGGCACAACGUUAUUGUUGACAGUAGUACAUCCUCAGUUCCUAUUACGACAUACCGGAGGAUCGUACCAGCAGAGACGCCUUCAACGACAUCUAGCACAACGCAAGCUCCCACCACGACAACAACAACCGAAGUCCCCGAGACGACAACAAUCCUUCCAGAGACUACAACAGUUGAUGUCAGAAGUAGGCUUAGCGGAAGGUUUCACGUUGAUGAGGCAAUCUCAGCUGAAACUCUGAGCACUUUCGAUGACUUUGGUCGACGAACAACUCCACUUCAGUCAUACACAAGCACAACACCAGCUCCAGAGGAAGCGACAACAAUCUUCCCCAUCUACUACCACUCCAGCGAAACAACAACGCAUCCUCCCAUUGCAGAAACUGCACCUCCUGUAUCCUCAACAACAACCACAACAACACAACGUCCCCUUCCUCCACGAGUGCACAUAUCCAAUGACGAAGCAACCAAGAGGGUUGGUAAGAGUCUGGAGCAGCUCCUGGGUCAACAACCUGGAGAUACAGUCCAACACAAACGCUCAGAUGAGCGUGCCCUGGAACUUCUCAAGUCCCUGUAUGCCUUGGCAGCCAAAUGGGGCAGGCGAUAACUCCUAGGCACAACGUCUUCCGGAUCCUUAUUUUGUGAAUAAUCCUCCUGGAGUGAAUGCCAAGUGACUGUUGAUUGUCUGUUGUGUGUUUGAUGUUGUUGCGCGAAUGAGGAGGUACCUUUUGAAUAAUUUAUAACGCAAUCUCUUCACAAUUGUUCCAUGACAAAAAAAAACCCUUACCACAAUCCCUCAUGUUGCCAUUUCUUCUCCUCAAUCAGUGAUUCCUAUUUUUUUGGGCUCCUAUCCUUGCUUACGUCAACCCUACAACCUGGUUCCUGGAUCCCCAUCCUGCUUUAGGUGCUGGAAGAGAUGCUUCUAUAACCAUUCCCAUAUUACGCUACUCCCAAUCAUCUUAAGAAAUCCUCCUAGAAAAUAUCAUCACUAAAUUGAAUUGUCCUAAAUAUUAGCAAAUUAGGAGGAAAGAUACUGAGAAUGUAGAAUUUAUAUAACUUUAUAUUCUUGUUGUUGAAGGGCAUCGCAUGCACGAAAAAAAACAGCGAUUUUUCUCUAUUAAAAAAAAUGCAAAUGCCUUUUGAGACAAUGUGAGUGAAUGGACGGUGGAUGAGUCUUUAAUUUCUGGAGUCUGAAUCAAUUUAUUACGUAAAAAAAUUAGCUCAAUUUGGGCGCAAUACCUUGAGAUUUUUUUUGUAAUAACUUCAAUAACCAGAAUUUAGAAAUUCUUGUUCUAGUAAUGUUUUAUUAAAAUGUAAGAUGAAAAAAAAACAAUAAAUUGAAUAAGCAAAAACAAUGCGAAAUUAUUUUUAAAAAGUAAUUAUUUUAAUGUAUAAAAAAUAAUCAAUUACAAAUUUGUGUAUAUAAAAUAUGAGGAAAAAAUAAUAUUAAUGAUUUUCUUUUA